AUGGAAGACGAGAGGAUUCUUGAGAGAGAAAGGUUCCAAAUCGAGCAAAUUCGGCAGCUCGAAUCAGAGGAAUUGCAAGUCGAAGAAGUCGAGGAAUCGUCAGACGAUGAAGACGUUCAAACAAGUUCUGGCGGCCCUUCUGCAUCUGUAGAAUUCACAUAUGACACCUCUUUGGCUGCCUUACAUUCAUAUCUCGGAGAGGUUGAGAACGCUCACAACAGGCUGGCUUUCUUGGAUGGUGGUGCUGUGCUGACCCUUCCUCUGUUCUAUCUUGAAGGAGUUGUUCUGUUUCCAGAAGCCAGACUUCCCCUUAGAGUAAUUUUACCUAAUUUUAUAGCAGCUGUUGAACGAGCGUUGAGACAAGUUGAUGCUCCUUAUUCUAUUGGUGUGGUUCGUCUUUACAGGGAUCCUAAUAAUGGGAAGAUAAAGUUUGCAACUACUGGUACGACUGCAGAGAUUCGGCAAUAUCGGCGUUUGGAAGAUGGCUCAGUCAACAUUGUCGCCCGUGGCCAGCAGCGUUUUCGUCUGAGACGCCGUUGGAUUGACAUAGAUGGAGCUCCAUGUGGAGAGGUUCAAAUCAUUCAGGAGGAUUCUCCAUUGAGAACACCACGGGAUGCUGUUGGAAAACUGGCACCAUUAAGGAAGUUGCGCAUGGGCAGUGUCCUGCAAAUGCCAUCUUUAAAUGAUUCUCGUAAUGAGCAUAGCUGCAUUGAUGGAAAUGAUUCGGAUGCAAUAUCAGAUGGAAGCUUUGAUGGUGAACUUUCAUCAGCUGAAAGGAUGUUGCACCGAGCUGCUCUAAUUUCUUCUUAUGGUUCUGAUUUAGUUGAGGAAUCAGUGAGUAGUGAUGAUGAGAAGUUUGAAACAUCAAGAUCUCAUUUGGACAAUUAUGAGGGGUUCAUGCAUACAGAAUACGGCAAAAGGAAUGAAGAGGCUAGUCUUGGAGUAGGGAAAAGAGCUGUGUUGGAUAAACCAAGUUGCAGAAAGGUGGGAUGGGGAAAGUAUUCGGUAGGCCAUCUCCGUGAUGCCCCUCGAGCCUUCUGGCCCAGUUGGGUUUACCGUAUGUAUGAUUCCUAUAUUCUUGCUCAAAGAGCAGCAGAUAGGUGGAAGCACGUUGUUAGGGUGCCAAACAUGGAUGGAUUUGUGAUGAAACCAGACCUGCUUUCAUUUCACAUUGCUAGUAAAAUUCCUGUAUCUGAAUCCACGAGGCAAGAGCUUCUAGAGAUCGAUGGAAUUUCGUAUAGGUUGCAACGGGAAAUUGGGUUGCUUGAAAGUCUUGAUCGCAUUCAGUGUAAAACUUGUCAGACUCUAAUUGCAAGGCGAAGUGAUAUGUUGGUGAUGUCUAGUGAAGGUCCACUUGGGGCUUAUGCAAAUGAACACGGCUUUGUGCAUGAAGUAACAACUCUUCUUAAAACAAAUGGAUUAGCAAUCAAAGGGAUUCCGACGAAAGAAUACAGCUGGUUUCCUGGGUAUGCAUGGUCAAUUGCUGACUGUGCCACGUGUGAAAUGCAUAUGGGAUGGCUCUUCACAGCAACAAGGAAGAAAUUGAAACCCCGGUCCUUUUGGGGAAUUAAGAGUUCACAAAUUGCUGAUGAAACUCGGGAAGCCUAG